UAGCUGAGGUGGAAGAAUCAGCUGAACACAUCAUCACAUUUUAAAUUAGUGAUGUGAAUUCUGGUUUCAGGGAUAAAUGUAAAUGUAAAGAGGUGCAUGAAUGAGCAGGAAGCCCUGCAGCAGACACAGACGGAUGCAGAGGGGAGGAGUGUAGAGAUGCUGUGGUGUUUGGAGGAGGGACUCCUUCAGUUAGAGAAGUGAGGCGUCACAAGUUCCUGGUUUCCAGUGAAGAAGAAGAGAGGCAGCAGUAAACCAUCAGAGCCUCAUCAUGAAAGUCCAUCACACUCUGAUCUGCUUCUUCUUCCUUUCUCUGCAGGAGGGAAACGCUGAAGUCACCGACAACAAAAACAUUUCAUUUGGAGUCGUUGGAAGAAAUCUUACAGCUGGAUUCAGGUUUCUUGCUGGAAAAUGGAAAAUGUUCUGCAGAGAAGAAUGUGAAGGAGAAAAUGUUCUUAUUAAUACAACAGAUGAGGAGCAUCGACGUCACAGAUACAGCAUUGAAUUAAAACCAAAGGAUGGAGCUCCUCAUUUGUCUGUGAGCAUCACACAGCUGAUCAUGCCUGAUGCUGGACAGUACAGCUGUGCUGUGGCUGAAUCUCCAUCAUCAGUUUCAUACAAACAGUUUGAAGUUGUUGUUGCUGAAGCACUGCUGGAUGGAAACGAUGAUCAGCUGAAACACUUUGAUAAAGAAACUGGAAGCUCUCUCACAGUCGGAUGUUCCUUUAAUCAGUCUGGAAACAGAAAGAUGUUCUGCAGAGGAGAAUGUGGAGAGGAUGAGGUUCUUCUUCAAACCUAUGAUGAAGAUUAUUUCGAAGACAGAUACAGAAUUGGAUUUAGAGGAACUUCAGAGGAGAAAUAUAAAGGAGGAGGAAUUCUGUAUGUGACGAUCACACAGCUGACUGAGUCUGACUCAGGACGGUACAGAUGUUUACUGGAGGGAUCUUCCAGCAGGUCAUGCAGAGACUUUGAGAUCAGCGUCACAGACGCACUGCUGGAUGGAAACAAUCCUGCUCAGCUGAAACACUUCAAUAAAGAAACUGGAAGCUCUCUCACAGUCGGAUGUUACUUUAAACAACCUGGAAGGAGGAAGUACUUCUGCAGGGGAGAAUGUGAAAGAGAUGGGAUUUUAAUUGAGACUCAGGGUGUCAGAGCUCAGAGACACAGAUACAGCGCUGAAUAUGAAGAAGGAUCUGGUACAAGUGGUAUUCUGUAUGUGACCAUUAAACAGCUGAGGGAGUCUGACUCAGGACGGUACAGAUGUUACCUGGACAGAUCCUAUAGUACUGAUCCAUACAGAGAGUUUGAGAUUACUGUCACAGAAGCCUCCACACCUCCAUCAACUUUCACUGGAACCACUGAGCAGUCUGAGAGGACGGCAUCUACAGAUGUGGUGCCAUUUGUGGGUCUGACUCUGGCUCUCAUCAUCAUCCUGUUAUCAGUGUCAGUGCUGAUAUUCUGCAAGAACAGAUCCUCUAAACCAAAGGAUCCUCCUGUGGGAACUGAACACGAUGCUGUCACAGAGACCAACACAGUGUAUGAGAAUAUCCGAGCAGAGGGCAGACACAGCAGAUCUCCUCCUGACUCUCAUGCCAAAUACACCAAACCGUCCGGAGUUGAAACCAGUGAUGACCACAGCUUGGUCACUGCAGCCACUUCUCAGCACAAAACUGAAGACGACUCGAGCAAACUCACCUACUCCGUGGUGACUUUUUCCAAGAAGAGCAGUGACUCUGCCAACAGCACGUCCUGCAGUAACACCAGUGACGUUAUCUACUCCGAGCCUCGAGUUAACGCGAGCCACUCCGGAGGUGAUCCGUUGUACUCUACUAUAGCCUAG